AUGAUGAGAAUGUUCCAGAAGGUUCUGCACGAGUUGUCUGCCCCACGGUGCCAGGGCACCGGGCUCGCUCUGCUGCUCCUUGGAGUGCACCUGCUGACGGCCGCCCGUUCGCCAACCUUCACCAUCGGCCUGGUGGGGCCCUGGCGGUGCGACCCGGUGCUUUCCAGAGCCCUGCCUGAGCUGGCCGCCGGCUUGGCCAUCCAAACCAUCAACUGGGACCCGUCCGUCAGCCCAGCUUACCACUACGACUACACGGUGCUCGACGAGGAGUGUCAGACGGCGCAGGGCCUGGCCGGCUUCGCCAGGCUGGAGCGGCACGCCUCGGGCUUCGUUGGGCCUCUCAACCCCGGCUACUGCUCGGCGGCUGGCCUCCUGGCCAAGAGCUGGGGCAGGCCGCUGGUUUCCUGGGCCUGCCCGGAUCCCGACCCGGGCCGCGGCCCCCCUCGUCGUCGGGAGUUGAGCCACCCGGCCUUCGCCAGGCCCGCGCCCUCGGCCGCCGCCGUCUUGCUCCGGGUGCUUGAGCACUUUGGCUGGGCGCGGGUGGCCGUGGUGAGCUCGGAGCAGGAGCUCUGGGUGGAGACGGCCCGGGCGUUGGCCGACGGCCUGAGGCGUCGAGGCCUCCCUGUCAGCCUGCUGCUCACCGCGGAGAGCAGGCCCCAGGCCCAGCCUGAGGAGGCUGCCGCGCACAUCCUCAACCGCAUCCGAGAAAUGGACGGUGUGAGAGUCGUGGUCAUGUGCAUGCACUCGGUCUUAGUGGGAGGCAAAGACCAGCAGUUGUUCCUCCAGCAAGUGGACAAGAUGCAGAUGGCUGAUGGGAGAUACGUGUUCAUUCCGUUCGACACCAUCCAUUACAGCCUUCCAUACCGGAACGCCAGCUACCCAGUGCUGGCUGGGAAUGCCAGAUUGCGACGCUCCUAUGACGCCGUACUCACCAUCACCAUGGAUUCCAAGGAUAAAGACUUCCAUCAGGUCCUGGGAGAGGUUCUGGAAAAGAAUAACAUCCGGAUUUCUCUGAAGCCAACCCAGGUCUCCCCAUUAUUUGGCACCAUCUACAAUGCAAUAUACUACUUGGCCAAAGCAGUGGACAGUGCCUACCAGGGAAGCAGGGGGGUGGCUGAGACAAGCAUUGUCCAACACACCAGUGGGAUGGAGUUUGAAGGAUUUAACCAAGCCUUGCAGACAGACAAAGAUGGAGCAGUCAUUGCCGACUACGUGGUUUUGGACACUGACGGAAGGGGGAGCCGACUGAAGGCAACUCACUCAGUCAAAAUGGCUACAGGAACCUUGAAAUACCUUGGCACUACCAUCCAUUUCCCACAGGGCUCAGUCCCUGGAACAGAUGCUGACUGUUGGUUUGAUUCCAAGGAAGUCUGUACAGGAGGAUUGGACCCAAUGUUUGUGCUGUUGGUGUUCACCAUGGUCUGUUGUAUGAUUCUGAUCUGUGGAGCCACAAUCUAUUCCUUCAGGAAGCGCUUCCUGAAACCACACCUGUCAAAAGGACCCAACAAGAUCAUUCUCAGGCUGGAUGACUUGGUGUUCAUUAAUGCACAGCUCAGCCGUAAGAGAUUGAACGGUGAGAAUGAAACAUCUGUUUUAGGGAGAAGUGUCUUGGACUUGAAAACACCCAAACAUUCAAUGUCGGGGAAAAGCUUUGCGGCAGCCACUCCCGAAACCAGCAACAUUGCCAUAUAUGAGGGAGACUGGGUAUGGCUGAAGAAGAUCAGGAAUGGAAAAUUUACCGAGGUCAAACCUUCGACCAAAACUGUGUUCUCCAAGAUCCAGGAAUUGAGACAUGAGAAUGUGAAUCCAUCCUUGGGGCUCUUUCAUGACUGUGAUAUCCUCGCAAUCGUCACUGAGCAUUGCUCCAGGGGGAGUCUGGAGGACCUCAUCGCGAAUAAAGACGUGAAGCUCGACUGGAUGUUCAAAUCCUCCCUCCUUCUCGACCUGAUUAUGGGUAUGAAGUUCCUUCACCACCGACAACUGGUCCAUGGGCGUUUGAAAUCCAGGAACUGUGUGGUAGAUGGAAGAUUUGUCUUAAAGGUCACGGACUAUGGUUAUAAUGAGUUACUGGAAGUUCAAAACGUUACAUGGAUGGAUCCGAAGCCAGAAGACCGGUUUUGGACAGCCCCAGAGCUCCUCCGAGACCCGAGCCUCGAGAAGGUGGGGACUUUCAGCGGAGAUGUCUACAGCUUCUCCAUCAUCGUGCAGGAAGUGGUCGUGCGAGGACCUCCAUUCUCCACGCUGGACCUGAGCCCCAAUGAUAUUAUCAAGAAAGUGCAGAAGCCUCCGCCACUGUGCCGGCCCUCCGUCUCACCAGAUCUUGCUCCCAUGGAGUGUAUCCAGAUCAUGAAACUAUGUUGGAGUGAGCAGCCUGAGAGACGACCCAACUUUGACCAGAUCUUUGACCAGUUUAAAAACAUUAACAAGGGCAAGAAGACCAACAUUAUCGACUCGAUGCUGCGGAUGCUGGAGCAAUACUCCAGCAAUCUGGAGGACCUGAUCAAGGAGAGGACGGAGGAGCUGGAGAUCGAGAAGCAGAAAACCGAUCAACUCCUCACGCAGAUGUUGCCAUACUCUGUCGCCCAGGCACUGAAGACGGGGGACCCGGUGGAGCCUGAACAUUUUGAGCAGGUGACCAUCUACUUCAGCGACAUAGUUGGCUUCACCACCAUCUCAGCCAUGAGCGACCCCAUCGAGGUGGUUGACCUUCUCAACGACCUUUACACUUUGUUCGACGCCAUCAUCGGAUCCCACGACGUCUACAAGGUCGAAACGAUCGGAGACGCGUACAUGGUAGCGUCCGGACUUCCGACUCGCAACGGGAGCCGACAUGCGGCAGAAAUUGCUAACAUGUCCCUGGACAUCCUCAGCAGCAUCGGCACCUUCAAGAUGAGGCACAUGCCCGACGUUCCAGUGCGGAUCCGAAUCGGAUUGCACUCAGGUCCGUGUGUAGCAGGGGUGGUAGGACUGACCAUGCCAAGGUACUGCCUCUUCGGAGACACGGUCAACACUGCUUCACGGAUGGAGUCCACCGGCUUGCCCUAUCGAAUCCACGUGAAUGAAAGCACAGUCACCAUUUUAAUGAACCUUAACCUGGGCUACCAAGUGGAACUGCGAGGGAAGACAGAACUGAAGGGCAAAGGCUUUGAGGAUACCUUUUGGCUGGUUGGAAGAGAGGGCUUUAAUAAACCAUUGCCAACGCCACCAGAUCUCUUACCAGGAGCCAGCAACCAUGGCCUUAAUUUGGAGGAGGUGCCACCAGACAGAAGGCAGAAGCUGAUGAAUGCACCUUGUCACAAACGCAGACCCGGGGGCCAAUGCACCUGCUCCCAGGCACCAAAAGGCGGCCUUGCAUUUCUGUCGAGCCUUUCACGGCCCAAGGAUGCCCACAGACGCUUCGCAGCCAACGACGACGCGCUUUUUUUGAGCGGAAGUGGAGUUGCUAUCGGGUGGUUGGAGAUGGAUCCUGUGAAGGGCUUUGAGGAGAUUUACAAGAGGCUCAGGUGA